AUGGGAGAACUCUCCCCCCUGAAAGAGCGACAACAAGUACAGGAUGAGCUGGACCUACUGUUGGACCCUGAGGCUGACAGGUACAUUGCUUCCCCCUUUGUGCUUGAUAUUGAGGACUACCCGCUGCCCGCGAAAUUCAAAAUUCCAAACAUGAAAUCUUACGACGCAACUACGGAUCCGGAGGACCACCUGUUCGCGUUCAUGACGCAGAUGCGCCUACAAAUGGCCGCAGAUGCGGUCAGAUGCAAGACCUUCCCAAUGUUCCUGGAGGGAAAGGCCCGGCAGUGGUUCCAGGGACUUCCCCCCAGGUCGAUCCGGUCUUUUACCCAACUCGCACGGCUGUUCUCAGCACAGUUCGUCUCUUCACGAGCCUUCUCUAAAAGCACUGCACACCUCAUGACUAUCCAGCAAAGGGCUGAGAAGUCACUACGCGAAUACAUGGUGCGAUUCAAUAACGAAUCCCUCCAGGUCCGCAACCGAGACGACAAGGUGGUCAUGACUGCCUUCAUCAACGGGCUGCGGAAGCAGAAGUUAUACACUGAGCUCGUAGAGAGACCUCCCAAGUCAGUUCGGGAGAUGCUGGACCGAGCUCACGAGAAGGCCAAUGCUGAGGAGGCCAAUCGCUUGAAGAGCGCGCAGGAAAGACAGAGGGAUGACAAACGCCGAAGGAAUACCGACCAGGGAGACAUGCGACGUGACCAGGGGCGAAAGAAUAUCUAUGACCGCCUGCCUAGAAGUCGGCCCCCGGGGGGAGAUAAGCCUUGGACUUCCCUCACGGCCCCCCGAGCUCGCGUCCUCGCGGUGAUGGAGCAAGAGGGGCUCUCCCGACCUCCCCGACCUUUGGCCGGGGACAAAAGCAGACGGGACCAAGGCUUAUACUGUGCAUACCACCGAGAUGUGGGACACGAUACGGAGGAUUGUCGUUACCUCAAGACGGACAUUGAGAAGUUGAUCAAGCGAGGCCACCUCGGGCAGUUCAUACGUGACGAACGAGUUGACCAGCGACGGGCGAGGCCCAAAUCAGAUCACCUGAGCUACCCCCGCGACCGACCUCAAGGGCCUCGUGGCCGAACUCCCGAGCAGGAAGCUCAAAAUCUGGCUGGGGUGAUCAAUACUAUUGCAGGAGGACCAGUUGGAGGGGAUAGUCGUACAGCUCAGCGGCACAACCGCCCCCCUCCCAGCGGAGAAAGCUCGAGCAAACGGCUGAAAAUGUACGAGGAGAUUAUCUACGGACCAGAAGAUACAGUGCCUUUGGCCUCCAACAAUCACGAAGCUAUCGUAAUAGAGGUCAUCACUUGCAAUUACAAGGUAAAAAAGAUAUACAUCGACAAUGGCAGUGCUAUUGAUGUGCUGUACUACAAGACCUUUAAAGAGCUGCAGCUAGAUGACGGACAGCUCGUCCCAGUCCGGACUCCAUUGAUCGGCUUUGCUGGCCCCCCGGUAAGACCCGAGGGAAUGAUAACUCUCAUGGUCACCGUGGGGGUGUCGCCAAAGCGCCGAACGGUGCCAGUAAACUUCGCAGUGGUGAAAGAGCCCUCAUCGUACAAUAUGAUUUUGGGACGGCCCACUUUGAACGCCCUCCGGGCUGUCUGUUCCACCUUGCAUCUCAGCAUGAAAUUCCCUACUCCAGCUGGGGUAGCUGAGGUGCUCGGAGAUCCGGAGGUAGCUAGGGCCUGUUACAUUGCAACUCUCAAGGGCAAGGAGAAAUUGGUAGCCCAGACUGUUUGCUUAGAGCCCUGGGAGCCCAUGGAGAAAAGGGAGAGACUAGAGACGGAUGAAGGGCUGAUUGAGCAGCCCGUCGGGCCUGACCGACCUGAACGCACGGUCAAGGUCGGCACCUGCCUCAAUGAACGGGCCCGAAGCUCUCUGGAAUCCCUUUUAGAAGAAUACGCAGAGUUCUUUGCUUGGAGCGCGGAUGACAUGCCAGGAAUCCCCACCGAGCUAGCAGUUCACAAGCUAAGAAAACCUGUGAAACAGAAGAAGAAGAGCUUCGCGCCUGAACGAAAUGAGGUCGUUAGGAGUGAGGUCGGCAAGCUGUUAGAAGCUAAGAUCGUGAAAGAAGUCUACUACCCGGCCUGGCUGGCUAAUCCAGUGCUGGUCAAGAAGGAAGAAAGAGCUUGGAGGAUGUGCGUGGACUUCACUGACUUAAAUAAGGCCUGCCCAAAGGACUGCUACCCCCUCCCACGGAUUGAUCAGCUCGUGGACUCAACCUCGGGAUACGAGAUUUUUUGUUUUCUGGACGCAUUCAAGGGGUAUCAUCAAAUAACCCUGGACGAGGAGGAUCAAGAGAAGACCUCGUUUAUCACGGAGAACGGCACUUAUUGUUAUGUCACCAUGCCGUUUGGACUAAAGAAUGUAGGCGCAACCUACCAAAGGUUGGUUAAUAAAUUGUUCAAAGACCAGAUCGGCCGAAAUAUGGAGGUUUACGUGGAUGACAUGUUGGUGAAAAGCCGGACUCAAGAGCAGUUCAUCGCAGACCUUAGGGAAAUUUUUGAUGUCCUUCGAAGCUCACGAAUGCGACUAAACCCCGAGAAAUGCACCUUUGGGGUCAGGUCGGGAAAGUUCCUGAGCUACAUGAUUUCCAAGGAAGGGGUGAGAGCUAACCCGGACAAAAUCAAGGCCAUCAUGGACAUGGCUCCUCCCCGAAACAUCAAGGAGGUUCAGCGCUUGACUGGGAGGAUGGCGGCUCUGAACAGAGCUCCGCAAUUUGAAUGGAGCCCCGAGUGUCAGAGAGCGUUCGAUGAAUUAAAAGCUCACCUGGCUCGGUUGCCAGCUCUAACUUCUCCCGAGCAGGGUGAGACCUUGUUCAUCUACUUAGCUGUGGGGGAAGAGGCCGUUAGCGCCGUGCUGAUACGAGAAGAAGACAAGGUCCAGAAACCCGUAUACUAUGUUAGUCGCGCCCUGCAGGGGGCCGAAGCGAGGUAUUCGGCAGUAGAACGAUAUGUCUUGACGCUAGUCCAUGCAGCUCGGAAGCUCAAGUCGUACUUCCAAACUCACCCCAUAGUAGUGGUAACGGACCAGCCCCUGAAGCAGAUCCUCUCUAAGUCCGAUGUCUCGGGGCGAAUGGUGAAGUGGGCUGUAGAGCUGUCGGAGUACGAUCUCGGAUACCAGCCAAGGACGGUAAUCAAAGCCCAAGCCCUGGCAGACUUCAUAGUAGAAGGCGUCUCCUUUGGAUCACACAGAACUAAGGUCGACCAGACUAGAGAAGUAGGAAAGGUCGGGGAGGCCAAAGGAACCGCCAAGAACGUACGUGCCAGACAAGCAGCCGAAGCCCUACAGGCCGGAGGGACACUGCCGGAGCGUCGUCCAAGCUAG